AGAAGGCGUGUGUGAUGCGUGUAUAUAAGUUCGUUCACUUCUUCAACACGACGUAGUGGGGGGCAACAGACUCACCUGCGGACUCUUUUUUGUUUUAUUUAAUUAAUUAAUUUUUUUUAAAUCGGCGAUCGGAGGCCGGAGCCAAGGUUUUGACAGAUUUAUUGAGAGGACUGGUUGGGAUUGGAUCUUGGAGAUCUCUGCUAGGAAGUAUCCUUCACAAUUCUGCGGCUUCAUCAUUAUUUUCUUUGCAGAAAAGCAGCGAAGCUACUCAAGUGGAAGACUUCCUUUUGCUCUGCUCUAUAAUUUUUCUCUGAUUGGAGUGUUGGAUCUUUUAGCGGGACUGCUUCAUGCGAUUGGGCUAUAAUGGCAUUGAAAACUAAUUCAGCUGAUGGUAGAACUAGGAGUUCUAUACAAAUUUUUAUUGUAGUUGGCCUAUGCUGUUUCUUCUAUAUAUUGGGCGCAUGGCAGAGGAGUGGAUUUGGGAAGGCAGAUAAUCUUGCAAUGGAGAUCACGAAGAAUACUGGAGACUGCAAUUUAAUCCCAAGUCUAAAUUUUGAGACCCAUCAUGGUGGUGAAAUUGAGACUCUAAAUGAUUCUGAAUCAAAACCUAAAGAGUUCAAGCCUUGUGAUCCGGGUUACACUGAUUACACACCCUGCCAAGAUCAGAGGCGUGCUAUGACUUUUCCUAGGGAAAAUAUGAUUUAUCGAGAGAGGCAUUGUCCUAUGGAGGAAGAGAAGCUACAUUGCCUAAUUCCGGCACCCAAGGGCUAUGUUACUCCGUUUCCUUGGCCUAAGAGUCGUGACUAUGUACCAUUUGCUAAUGCACCAUAUAAGAGCUUGACAGUUGAGAAGGCUAUUCAGAAUUGGGUCCAAUAUGAGGGCAAUGUAUUUAGGUUUCCAGGUGGGGGAACUCAGUUUCCACAAGGGGCAGAUAAGUAUAUUGAUCAGCUAGCUUCAGUAAUACCGAUUGCUAAUGGGACUGUCAGAACUGCCCUGGACACUGGUUGUGGGGUUGCAAGUUGGGGCGCAUACCUUUGGAGUAGAAACGUUAUUGCCAUGUCGUUUGCACCGAGAGACUCGCAUGAAGCACAGGUUCAGUUUGCUCUUGAAAGAGGUGUACCUGCUGUUAUUGGUGUUCUUGGUACUAUAAAAAUGCCAUACCCUUCUAGAGCCUUUGACAUGGCUCACUGCUCUCGAUGCUUAAUUCCGUGGGGAGCAAAUGAUGGAACGUAUCUGAAGGAAGUUGACCGAGUUCUUAGACCUGGUGGUUACUGGGUGCUUUCCGGACCUCCAAUCAAUUGGAAGAAUAGUUACAAAGCAUGGCAGCGGCCCAAGGAGGAACUUCAGGAGGAACAGAGAAAGAUUGAAGAAGUUGCUAAGCUUCUUUGCUGGGACAAGAAGUAUGAGAAGGGUGAAAUGGCCAUAUGGCAAAAGAGAGUAAAUGCUAAAUCUUGUCCUGGUAGACGAGAUGAUUCUCAAGUUACUCUUUGCCAAGCUGCGGACCCAAAUGAUGUGUGGUACAAGAAAAUGGAGGGAUGCAUUACUUCAUAUCCUGAUGUUAGUAGUCGAGAUGAAGUUGCUGGUGGGGAAUUGAAGGCAUUUCCAGACAGGCUUUUUUCUGUCCCCCCGACAGUUGCCAGUGGCUUUGUUCCUGGAGUUUCUGUUGAGACAUACCAGGAGGACAACAAUAAUUGGAAAAAGCAUGUAAACUCUUAUAGGAAAAUCAAUAAGCUUAUUGAUUCUGGAAGGUAUCGUAAUAUUAUGGAUAUGAAUGCUGGGUUGGGAGGUUUUGCUGCUGCACUCGAGUCUUCCAAAUUAUGGGUUAUGAAUGUUGUCCCUACUAUAGCUGAGAAAAGUACAUUGGGUGUCAUAUAUGAGAGAGGAUUGAUCGGAAUAUAUCAUGACUGGUGUGAAGCUUUCUCCACAUACCCAAGGACAUAUGACCUUAUUCAUGCCAAUGGUGUUUUCAGUUUAUACAAGGACAAAUGUAACAUAGAGGACAUUCUUCUUGAGAUGGAUCGAAUUCUGCGACCAGAAGGUGCAGUUAUAUUCCGUGAUGAAGUUGAUGUGCUUAUUAAGGUGCGGAAGAUAGUAGGUGGAAUGAGAUGGGAUACUAAAAUGGUGGACCAUGAAGAUGGUCCUCUAGUUCCUGAGAAGAUACUAGUCGCUGUGAAGCAGUACUGGGUUGCCGGCGGAAACUCCACAUCCUCACAGUGAUAGGAGAAUGGGAUUGGGUGAAACUCUGGAACAUGGGCGUUUGAGCUGGUAAAGUGGCGAUUCUACCUUAUACCGGGCCUGACAGGAACUGAUAACUAUUUAAGCAUGAGCAUCUUCUAUUGCAGAGUACUCUUUAGUCUCUAGCAUAGGCACACGAUAUAUAUAUUUUAACUACAUUAUGAAUUGGCCAUCUUAUUUUGUAGCGGUAAUUUAUGAAUAGACGAAUGCCUGUAAUUUUUAUGAUAUCCAAUCAUCAUUUUUUUUUUCUUGGUCAA